AUGAAGACGAACCGUGUUAGAUUUACUAUAAUACAUUGGUAUUUAUUGCCACUUGUAAGUCUAGUAGUAUGGUGGGGGAUGUUGAUCGCAUUGUUAGCAUGUUGGGGCGCUCAAGGUAGACCAAUAUACUCAUUCAUGACAAAAUAUCAAAAUCCAGUCUACAUUUCAAGCAUAGCCGCAACAAAUUUACAGCCAUUAUUCAUCGCAUGCAGUGGAUUUCAAGCGAUAUUCUUUGUGUGCACGUUAGUAGUAGCGUACUACUUGAGAACUCAUGGCAAGAUCCAAUCUUAUAUCCUGAAAGUUCAACAGAGAUUCGCUAUAGUUAGCAUGGUGUUUGCCACUAUUGGUCAAUUGGGGAUUUUAUUCACAUCAAUCUUUAAUACUUCUGCAUUUCCAAAAGUACAUAUUUCCUUCGUGGGAAUAUUCAUAAUCUGUGUUUUUUUAGCUUGUGUUUUUGACUUUCUAAUUUCAUUUAUGUUUGGAACUCAUCCCGAUAAACUUGAUCCUCAUCAUGACUUUGUGAUAUUUGGUCACCAUAAAUGGCUGAAUUUGUAUAUGGUUGCAUUUGGAUUAAAGGUCGUUUGGGUAGCCACUGCUGUUGCAUUAGCUGUUUGUUUUGGAUAUUAUAUGCGUAUUGGGCAUAAAAGUAGGAGUGCCAUUUUUGAGUGGGUGAUUGCAUUUUGGUAUGGUUUGUUACUUAUUAUGUGGUCCAUGGAUUUAUUGUCCAGUGCAAUUAGAUCUUAUGAACGGAAACAUAAUACGGAAUUUGACAAAACGGAGAUUACUUGUCUGGGAUCAAAUGACUCUACUUUUGUAUAG